GCUGCGGUCGAGAAAAUGGAUUCCUACUCAUCCUAUCGGGAUGGCGCGGCUCGAUCGCCAAAUGAGAGAACAUGGAGCCGUGAUGACUCCAGAACGAGGGAGGAUAGAAACGAUGGAUUCUAUCGUGCGAGGUCUCCUGGCAACGAACGCCGAGAACGCCGACGUUCUCGUUCCCCGCCUCCUGUUGACCGAUACGAGCCACGACCUCGCCGUGAUGGUCGAGAUGGUCGAGAUGACCGCGACAGGGAUGACCGGCGUCGCAUAACCUCACCACCGGCAAAUAUCGAUCGCUACGUACCCGGACAAGACAGUGGAUCAUCCAGUGUUGCCGUCAACCCUCUGGCAGAUCCAGCCAAGCUUCCUUAUCAAGUUGGCUUCUCCUAUUUCGGUGAAUGGUGGAGAAUGAACGAAAAGAUCAAGGAUGAUAAAGAGCGUGCCCGAACUGGGCGGAGACGAGAGCCUGAAAGAGCCAGAGGCGCCCGAGAGUCUCAAGAGGAUAGGGAAAAAGAAAAGGCAAAGAUCCAACUGGCAUACGAUGCUUAUAAGGAAGAGCUUCAAGCCAAGAUGGCCAGGGCCUUUGUUUCGGAGCACAAGAAGGAGCAGUGGUUCAAAGAACGUUAUGUUCCCGAGAUCAGAGACGAGUUCAAGGCGAAGCUCCAGGACUUUCGACGAGCAGCCUACAGCCAGUGGGAGCAAGAUUUGGAAUCCGGCAGCUUUGACGAGUUCUCUCUCGAAGGAAUUCCCAAAAGCGAGAGCAACGGUGCUGGUGGCAUAGUCGAAAAGGAAGAGGGUGAGGCGACCGCCGCCAACGAAAUCUUGGGAGUUGGCGAUUUGGUCCCCGUCAAUGGAGCCGACAUUCGCGACGAGAACCAAUUCCAGCCCACUCUACUCAUCAAGACCAUUGCUCCUCAUGUUAGUCGCCAAAACCUAGAGGCCUUUUGCAAGGAAAAUCUAGGAGAGGAAGAGGGCGGCUUCAAAUGGUUGUCCCUUUCCGAUCCAAAUCCCAGCAAGAGAUAUCACCGUAUAGGCUGGGUGAUGCUUCACCCUUCUUCAGAAAGCGCACCGCCAAUGGAUCGAGCAGACCCCAAGGACGAAGAUGGAGACGAGCCGAUAAAAUCGCCGCCCCCUCUUGUUUCCGCUGCGGAAAAGGCCCUCGAGGCUGUCAAUGGCAAAACUGUCAAAGAUGAGGCCCGAGGUGACUUUGUUUGCCACGUUGGAGUUCAUAACCCACCACUCCACCCACGGAAGAAGGCUCUCUGGGACUUAUUCUCUGCACCCGAGAGAAUCGAAAAGGACCUUCGCCUGGUUCAACGACUGGUCAACAAGUAUGAGGAAGAGUUUGGCUCUGACUUCCAGGCCCUGCUCAAAGUUGAAGAAAAGGUCGAGGAUCUCAAAAACGCUGGUCGUCUGCAGCCUGCCAUUCCCCCUGCACCAACGAAGAAGAUCAAGACCCGGGAACCUGGCAUGGACGAGGCAAUGGACGAGGAUGAGGAAGGUAUUCCCGAAGAAGAGGAAGAAGAGGAGGGGGCUGUGGAAGAUGAAGAAGUUGAUGAUGAAGACAUGCUUGUGAAGAAGAAGCAACUUGACCUGUUGAUCGAGUAUCUGCGCAGAGUCUUCCACUUUUGCUUCUUUUGCGUAUUUGAGAGCGACUCUGUGCAUGAGCUUACACGCAAGUGUGCAGGAGGCCAUCUUCGUCGCCCGCAAAGCACCCUGUCGUCAUCUGCCAGGGCUGUUGCCAGGGCUAGCGCAAAUGGAGAGCCAUUUCCCGAUAAGAAGCGCAAUGAUGCGGACAAUGAUGUCGAUGGAGAGCUUGCUGAGGGAGACAAGAAGUUCCGUAACACGUCUUCUAAAACCGAGCAACAGCUACUUCGUGCCUACAACUGGGUCAAGACCUUUGAGGACAAGCUAAUGCAAAUUCUGGAGCCGAACACCAUUGACAUUCGCAAACUUGGCGGCAAGCCCGUUGAGGAGGCUCUUGACGAGGAGUUGACCAAGUAUGUCAAGCAAGAGGACGAGCAUAAAUGGAGGUGCAAAGUCCCAGACUGCACUAAGCUCUUCAAGGAAGACCACUUUUGGAAGAAGCAUGUGGAGAAGAGACAUACCGAAUGGCUGGAUGGCUUGAAGCAGGAAUUUGAGCUCAUCAAUGCCUACGUGUCUGACCCAGCACAUAUUGCCCCCUCGCGAACCGACGCGAAUUCAAACGGCCACUUCCCGCCUACCAACGGCCAGUCGGCUUCAGGAACCCCUCGCGGCUUCAACCUGCAAAACUUUGCCAUCAAUGGCGUCAUGGGCAUGCCGGGGUUCCCCAUGAGCCCUGGAAACUUCCCCUCGUUGUUUGCCGGCAUGCAAGCUAAUGGCUGGAACGCCAUGGGUGACGACCGUUCAGGCGGUCCCAUCCGUCGUGGCGGAAUGUCGGGUGGACGAGGUGGAUACCGUUCCGGACCCUACGAACGCCGCGGAGGCAAUCGCUGGGAUGGCGGAGGCGGUCGAAAUCGCAACGGCGGAUCCCGAUGGGGAGACGGAGCCGGUGGUGCGGCUGCUGGUCCUCGGGAGGCCGUGCAGGGCCGUAGCUUGAAGAGCUACGAAGACCUGGAUCAGGUGUCUGGAAACGGAAGCGGAGGUGGCGAGCUCAACUACUAG